AUGGCCCCUAAACUGUUUACCUUCGUUUCAGCCCUCUCAGGGCUUGCUUCCCUUGCCUCUGCUUUUCACGCAGAAGCCAAAUCCAACAUUGCCGUCUACUACGGCCAAGGUGUCAACCAACCUCGUCUUGCCGAGUUCUGCGCGGAGACGUCCUACGACAUUAUCAACAUCGGAUUCAUCAAUAGCUUCCCUGAACAGAACCCUCUGACUGGGCUGCCUGGUAGCGAUUUUGGCAAUCAAUGUUGGGCUGAUACCUUUGUGGUCGAUGGCAUCGCUUCACAGCUGUACUCACACUGCCCCAACAUCGCGGAAGAUAUCCCUAAAUGUCAGGCAGCUGGCAAGAAAGUGUUCCUGUCCCUGGGCGGUGCAACUCCCACGUACUGGUUCGACACUAUCGAUGCCUCGACCAAGUUGGCCGACUUUCUCUGGGGUGCCUUCGGGCCAGUCACCGACGCCUGGACUGUCGCCGACAAGCCUCGCCCUUUUGGCAAUGCUGUGGUUGACGGUUUCGACUUUGACAUCGAAUUCUUUGGUAGCAAGGGCUACGCCAACAUGAUCAAGCGUUUCCGCAGGCGCUUCGGGGAGGUUCCUGAUCAGACCUUUUACAUCUCCGCCGCGCCCCAGUGCUCCAUCCCUGAUGAGCAGCUUAGUGUUGCCAUCAAGAACGCCGUCAUCGAUUUUGUCUGGGUCCAAUUCUAUAACACACCUGGCUGCUCUGCUCGCGACUUUGUCCUGGGCACUAAGAACGGUUUCAAUUACGACAGCUGGGUCGAGGUUAUCAAGGCGGGUGCCAACCCCAACGCGAAGCUCUACGUUGGUCUGCCCGCUAGUGGGGCGGCUGCGAACCUUGGCUAUUAUUUGACCCCGGAAGAGGUCAAGCCUCUGGUGAAGAAGUACAUGGACAAGUAUCCGGAGACAUUUGGAGGUGUUAUGUUGUGGGAGGCCACGCAGGCGCGGAAUAAUCAGAUUGAUGGUGUCGGUUAUAAUGAGAAGAUCAGGGAGAUCCUGUAUGACCUUGACCCCAACCAUCCCCCUCCAACCACCUCCCCUACGCCGACUCCUACUCCAAGUACCACUACAACUUCUACUACGUCCACCACGUCCACUACAUCUGCAACCUCUACCACGUCUACCACGUCUACAACCUCUACUACGUCUACUACGCCUACCACGUCUACUACGUCCACCACGUCUACCACUACUCCUACUCCCUCUCCAUCACCUUCCACUGCUUCGUCUUCCACCACCGAGACCGUGACUCCCAGUCCCAAGCCGUCUCCAUCGGAGAGCAGUACUACAUCUGAGACCUCUUCCCUCCCCAGCACGUCGACGCCUGUAGUGUCUGAGACUCCCUCAGAAACCAAGACUCCUACCUCAUCGAGCGCACCGCCCCUUUCUUCAAGCAGCCCUGUUGGUGGAAGCAGCUCCACAGCCUCUUCAAGCACUUCCACUCCUUCGGAGACUCCUUCUGCAUCGAGCACCCGUGCUGUCUCCGAGACAAGCACUCACAUCUCUACAAGUACAUCAUCUGGCCCUGAAACUAGCCUCACCGGCUCAAGCACAUCUGUGCCUGCCACCAGCUCUUCUGUUCCCUCGAGCGCGAUCAGCCCGUCAAGCACCCCAGUCAUCUCAGAGACUCCUAGGCCUCCGGUAACUUCUUCGAGCUCCAGCACAUUCGUGUCCUCGACUAGCACUAGCACGGACUGCUCUGAAAGUUCCACUGCAAUCGGUACUCACUCGUCUUCCAGCAUCUCGGAGACCCCCUCAGCCAGCACACCUGCUGCCUCUCCUUCGACCUCGCCUGAGACAACCAAGACCCUGACGGUUUUCCCUACGCCGGGCUCCUCCGUGUCUACCGGAACCACCUCCGCGUCCACUUUGUCCAGCUCUGUUCCCGCAACUAGCGGUGGCCACACGGAAACCUCAACCGUGUCAACCUCCAGUGCCAACCAGACACCCAGCGCCUCGACCAGCAAGCCUUUGAUUCCGACAAAUUCUGCGUCAAGCACUAGCACUGGCUCCGUGACCUCCACGCCAAGCGCUCCGGGGGUACCAAGCAGCAGCGCCGGGUCCGAUGAGACCGCCACGACAAGCACGACUGACUCUGAGCCCACCAGCACUAGCUCUGGAUCCGUUACUGCCAAGCCCACCACUACGGAGCCUGCCACGACUACGACAAUCAUCGUGACCUCGUACACCAGCAUCUGCCCGACAGGUUUCACCACCAUCACCACCACUAUUACGUCAACAUACUGCCCUGGUACGGCCUCUGCCACCGCUACAGCUAUUGCCCCCACGACCGACGUUCCUGGCUCUGGUUCCGGUUCCAGCCCGGCACAGCCCACCAUCACCGCCGAUAUUCCAGAAGGCUGGACGACAACUGUUACAGUCUGUACCGUUUGUGCCGCCACCCCGACAACGGUAACGUUAACCCUCCCACCCGCAACCACCACGGAAGAGUCUACUUCCGCGCAGCCCACUGGCGAGGUCCCGUCCAGUGACGGCAGCGGCUCGGGUGAGGUUUCAACCACCACGGUCGUCGUCGUCCCUGCACCCACUGGUAAUGCUGGUGACGGGGUCCCGGCUCCUGGUGCAAAUGUAGGUGAAGAAUACACAGCUGCUCCUGGUUCAGCGACCACCAGCAAGCCCCUUAUUGGCGGCGGUGCCAGCGGUGCCCACACCGCGUACCCCUACGCUUCCUCAACAUUCCACAUCAUUCCGUCGGCAUCAGCUCACGUCCCCGUUCCUUCGGGCUCGGGCUCGUCACCUAGCGGUACCCAGGGUGGUGCCUCUCCCACAUUCACUGGUGCGGGAUCUCGCUAUGAUGUGGUCAAGGGUGUUCCUGCCCUUGUGGCUCUCGCGCUCUCCCUGCUUGCUGUUUUGUAA